AGAAGGAGAGCGGAGGCGCCGGAGCUGCCGGAACCGACUGGACCCUAUAGUAGUCGCCGCCGGCGGAGGAUGCUCCUGAGCUGAGACCUGAGCGAUCCCGGGCACUCACCUACCUCCUCUGGAUUGUGGAGCCCACAGCUUCUCGCCUGUCCUGCUGGAUCCUGGUGCCCAGUUCUGCUCGUUGGGCUGUCGGAUCCUGGUGCCCACCUCUGCCCCCUUGCCCUGCUGGGCCCUGGAAGAGCUUUGUCUACCCUGCUGGAUUCUGGUGCCUAGAGCCGCCUCCCCAUCCUGGCAUCAAUGAUGCAGGCUCGUUACUCUGUGGCUGAACACAAUGCCCUGGGGGUUGUGCCCUACCUGAGUGAGCAGAACUACUACCGGGCAGCUGGCACCUAUGGCACAAUGACUACCCCAAUGAGCGUUUACCCCGGGCAUGAGCAGUACACUCCAGGGAUGAAUAGGUCAUAUGGACCAUACCACCACCACCAUCAGCCCUCAGCGCCCAAAGACUUGGUGAAACCACCCUACAGCUACAUUGCCCUGAUCACCAUGGCUAUCCAGAAUGCCCCUGAAAAGAAGAUCACUCUUAAUGGCAUUUACCAGUUUAUCAUGGAUCGAUUCCCCUUCUACCGGGAGAACAAGCAGGGUUGGCAGAACUCUAUCAGGCACAACCUGUCCCUCAAUGAGUGUUUUGUCAAGGUGCCCAGGGACGACAAGAAGCCAGGGAAAGGCUCAUACUGGACCCUGGACCCCGACUCCUACAACAUGUUCGAGAAUGGCAGCUUCUUAAGAAGGAGGAGGAGGUUCAAGAAGAAAGAUGUCCCUAAAGAGAAGGAAGACAGACACCAGAAAGAGCAAACCAAACUUCAGAGCCCCAGCAUGGACCUGCCCAAGGAGGCCCAACAUGAUAACAAGAAGGUCAUCAUCAAGAGUGAAUCCCCUGAGCUGCCAGUCAUCACCAAGGUGGAAAACAUGAGUCCUGAUGGUGGCAGUGCCAUGCAGGACAGCCCCAGGAGUGUGGCCUCCACCCCAUCCGUGUCCACAGAGAGCUCCAUCCCUGACCACCACCCCUCUAGCAAUGGACUGUCGGGCUUCAGCGUGGAAAACAUCAUGACCCUAAGGACUUCUCCUCAUGGGGAGCUGAGCCCGGUGUCCUGUCGAACAGGUAUGGUACCCUCUCUGCCCAUCACCUAUGCCCAAAGCCAGCCCUCCAUCUACAGCCAGGCCUGCACACAAGCCAUGGACGGUGGUGGGAGCUACCAGUGCAGCAUGAGGGCAAUGAGCCUGUACUCUAGUGACAGGUCGGGACAUAUGUGUGUGCCCACCACUCUGGAUGAGGCUGGGACUGACCACCACAACGGGACAUCGUCUCCAUUGAACUCCAUGAGCCUCAACUCCACCCAAGAAAGUGUCCUGACCUCAAGCCACCACCAGCAACAAGGAGGGGCAUCGGGGCAAACCCCCUCCUGGUACCUCAACCACAGUGGGGAGCUCAAUCACCUCUCCGGGCACAGCUUUACCCCCCAGCAACAGACAUUCCCCAAUGUCAGAGAGAUGUUUACUUCCCACCGCCUGGGCAUUGAGGGCUCAGCCCUGGGGGAGCAUCAGGUGGGCAGUAAUGCCAGCUGUCAGAUACCUUACAGAUCCACCCCCUCCAUAUACCGUCAUAGCAGCCCCUAUUCUUAUGAUUGCACUAAAUACUGACCCCCCAUUGCCCCUCUCCAGGACGUUAUUCUAAGCAGACUGCAUUCCAGGUGCCAAUCAUGAGCCCAAGUGCUGCGAGGGCAUCUCCUCCCCAACAAAGACUAUUACAAAAUGGAAAACUCGUGAAAUUGCGUCCUAGACAUCCAGACAACGCAGAAUUACUUGAAAAAAAAAACAAAGAAUGGAGAAAAUGAAAAGCCAAUGGAGCAAAAUAAAAGGCGAAAUAUUAGAAUUGCCCAAAUAUUGUUCUUAUCUGCAGAGUAAAUUAUAAGGGGCAGUAGAUUAUAGGGGGGCAGGCCAAUGUGUCUCCUUGGAGGUCUCCUGUCCUCAGAGUCCUUUCUAUUAAUAUUUAAAGUUGAGGUCACUGGAUUAUUCUGUUGUUACAUUGUUGCUGUUCUGUUGUUACAUUGUUGCUGAGGUUCUGUCUAUACUUUCUCCUCCGCCUUGUACAUAAUAAUCUGCAGCCACGUGUGUCUUGUCUUAUUACAGAUUCUAAUAAGUUUAUAAUUUAUUUUCUAUUCCUCUUGCUGUGGUGGACCUCCCCCAGCUUUGCUCUUGCGAUAUCUCGACCGUCCCUUGUUCUUCUUAUUAUCCUUGUGGUUUUAUUGUUGUUGUCUCCUUGUGUCUUAUUAUUACCUGAAA